ACACCGGACCAAAAAACACCCCAGCACGCAGCAACCCCUCUCCUCUCGCGAGUGAAAAAAGCCCAUGUAUCCAGGGUUCCCACCGCCGCCACCAGUCGCCGCGAGCCUCCCAGCCGCCGCCGGUGCCCUCCCCGGCUGCCGCCGCCGCCCUCACCGGUCGCCGCCGUCGUCGGUCUGCGUGACAUGGCGGGAGGGUAGGCCAUCCCGUCGCUCCAUUCUCGCCCCACGGCCGGUCGGGCCUACCCGCCGGUCGCCGAUCGCCGCCCGCCGCCCAAGGAUCCAGGCCGAGGCUGCACGGCUCGCUUAUGGCCGCGGCUCGCUUAGGGGCGCCCUCCUCCCAAUUCCCCUUCUCGACUGCAUCUAACGUAUAGGAUUCAUUCAAGGUAACAAAGGCUCAGACUUGACAUUUUUCCUUACGCGUGAAUAUGAUUCCAACGUUGCAGCCCGUCGGAGUUAAUUGGAAAAAAUAUGGCCUGCAAUUCUAAAUGUUUGCUUUGCAAACAAAUAAUGGGAUUUAUUUUUACCUAUUGUACGCUUUGCUCCAUACAAACUCAUGUGCUUUUCCUAAUUGUAGCGAUAUUCUUUUUUGCCUAUUCUAUUCAAUUUUGUACUGUCAGUUUUCUCUUCUGCAGUGUAAUCAGGUUUAAGAAAGCAAGAGGUAGCGGAAGCUGCUGCUAUAAAACUCACUCAAAAAACUGCGAAGUCUGAAUCUGUUUUGCUUUUGAGAGAAUCUUAUGUGUUGGAUGUAAAAUGCCAUAGCUACCUGUAGCUACCUGCGUGAUUCUCAACAUAAUGGGGCUAAAUUGCUGAACACCUUAAGAUAUUCUUUUGUCACAUGAGCGUCUUGGAAAUGGUACGGUGAUUCAAAUGUUGA